AUGACACGUUUCAACGAGUCACGCACUCUAAAGCACGAGAUGGUGACAAAGGAGGCGAUCGCGGCAGGAGCUGCUCACUCAUUCACCUACCACUUCACUCGUCUCACUCUCCAGGUCAUGAAUAUACGCAUCGUUACUUGUGUGCUCCUUGGCAUUGCUAUUCUAUUCACCAUAAUCGGUGUGGCCACAAAUCAGUGGAUCGGAGACAAUCUUCUACGCAACAGCAGCAACUACAGCGUCACCGCCAAUGCUGUCGGCUACCUUCUGAUAGUGGGUGCGGUGCUACUUUGCAUCACUCUCAUCAUCGGCAUCGUGCAAGUUAGGCGAUCCACUGAGUCCUUCUGCCUGUGUGUUGCCUACUUCAUCACUCUCUACCUUGGAGUGGCAGCUUUACUCGUUGCGGUUAUCGUUUACACUGAGAUCCUUGCUAGGCAAUGGUCCUACUUCAUCUCUGUGGUCGGCUGUGUGUUCGCGCUUCAAGUGGCAAUCCUCGUGCCCACGUAUACCCGUUGCACGAUGAAGCAAACUACAACCCGCCGGACGAGACGUGAAGGAGGAGGAGUUGUCACAUGUCCACGUAAUUAA